ACCCCAUCUCCUCCCCAGACUGCUGCUUUCCUAUUGCAGGAGCCAAGCUCGUCUCUGGGACUGGGGGCAGCUUCCUUCAGCUGGCACGGAGGGUUUGAGGGAGGCUCUGGGUUACGUGGUUGCUCUGCAGUGAGGCCCUCUUCAUUUUUAUUCCAGCAAAAGCAGGCAGCAGUGGGCAAAACUCCACAGGGAAUGUAGAAAUUGGGUGAAAAGGGUCUAAGCAUCAGGGCAGGGGGUGGCGAGCGAGCAGCCACGUGUGUACGUGUCAGGGUUAGAAAUCGCUGCUCCGCUGGGCACGCCGGAGGAGACGGGAAAAGACGCAGAGAAAAUCAGUUGCCGCCGCGUUUUCCAAAAUCCCGAGCGAGUGCUCCUGCUCUCCGUCGCUUCCAAGAAACGGAGAGAACCGAGGAGGAAAAUUGCGGUGAUUCAUCGCGGGCAGAUCGGAGGCAGGAAAUGAGAGUUCUCUGCCUGCCCCGUGCCCGGCGUGGGCUCCGUGGGCUCGGGCUCGCCGGGGCCUGGCUGGCGGCGAGGGCCUGACACCCACGGGUCGAGCAUCCCUGCGCCGCGGCCGGAGGAGCUACCGGCGAGGGGAAAACGACCGGCGGAGGCCGAGAACCGGAGCAGCGGGAAUUUUUCACCUGCGUUUCUCCGGAGCCAUCCAAGCGAGAGCUGCCCCCCCAUCACCGUGGAAGGCUCCGGAUAACUGAGAUGUGGCAUCGGAGCUGCUUGACCCCAUCCUGAUCCAGCCUUCACCCCCAAUCCUCGCUGCCAUGAAGAGGAAGCCGGGGAAUGGGCGGGGGCCGGACCCUGCGGCCCCCCAGCAGCGAGCCCGCUCUGUCACCAAGCCAGCAGAGUACGUGGGAUCCUUCACGGUGGAGGAGCUGGACCUGCAGCAGCAAGCGGGGCGGGUGGAGGAGCAGCUGCAGGCGCUGAAGGACUGUCCCAGGAGGAGGUUGGUGGUGCUGAGGUUCAGCUUGCAGGGGCUGAAGGUCUACGACGCCGAUGGGGAGACGCUGCUGAUGGCACAUGCUCUGCGCCGGAUCCUGUACAGCACCUGGAGGCCCCCCGACCGCCAGUUCGCCUUCGUGGCCCGCAACCCCUACAGCCCCCCCAGCACCCUCUUCUGCCACCUCUUCGUGGGACUCCCGGGAGAGGUCCAGACCCUGCACCUCCUGCUCUGCCGCUCCUUCCAGCUCUGCUACCUCCUGGCGCACCCCGAGGAGCAGGCGGGCGAGGGGGAGCAGCUCCCGGGGCCGGGGGUGCUGCGGGAGCCCCUCAACCCCGAGGAGGUGUCGCAAAAUGUCAACGCCCUCGUGUCCUUUCGGCGCCUGCCCGCGCCCGGUGGCCUCGGCCCGCUGGGCACCGGGGACCGGCGGUCGGAGGUGGAGGGCAGAGCCUGGCGCCCAGGGAACCCCUACUGCUCGCCGGUGCUGGUGCGCAAGAAAGCCAUCCGGAGCAAAGUGCUGCGCUCGGGAGCCUACCGGGACUGCGGGGGCGAGGGACAGCUCCACCAGCAGCCGCGCGACGCCGGAGGGGAAAGCAAAGGAGCGAGGAGCUUGGCCUUCCUGCCCGAAAACGAGAGCGUCCUCGCCGAGAGCGUGUGGUCCUUCGCCGGCAUCGCCAGGGCCGCCGGGGUCGCGCUGCUGCGGCGGGACGUGCCCGGCUCCUUCGUGCUGCGCGCCGAGCCCGGGCUGCCCAAGCGCUGGUGCCUGUGGGUGCGGGCGCCCUGCGGCGUGGUGUGCUACGGCGUGCUCCGCACACAGCAGGGCAGGUUCUGCGUGGAGCACUCCAACGCCGAGUUCGCCAGCGUGGCCGCUCUCCUGGCCCACUACUCGGGGCCACCGGGGGGCUGCUUCUGCCGCCUGGCCCCCGGCCGACGCAACCCCGGCUACGAGGAGCGGGACCCCGGCGGCGGGGCCAGCGCCGGGGCGGGGGAGGCCGCCUGGGCCCCCGCCGCCCCCACCGGGGUGCAGCACGAUCGGGGGUAGGCCCGGCCCCCUCCCCGCGCACGGCUGCCCCCGAGACCCCCGGCUUCCACUCGCUGCCCGCCUUAUCCCCCUGGCCGGCGCCUCCCACAAUAAAGGCUCUCGUGCAUCGGA